GCCAUACUAGAGCUAGCCGUGUCGACUAACGGUCGACCAAUACAUCAUCAGAACCAGCAAUCGUCACUUUCCCCACGGAGGAACUUGUGUUUUUGUUUGCAAUUGAUGAAUGUUCUCUUCAGAAGACAUUCUACUGAAGUGGAUCGUUUGACAACUUUAUAACGACAAAAACAUACUUCAUUUUUAUUUAUACUUCAACAUCAUUAAUGAUCGUAGCUAUAUGAUCAGCAUGUAGAAGUUGUGUGGACUUUUACAAAUAUAAUUAGAUAAAGAUGAGGAGGUUUGUCGUACACGGAGGGCCAACGCCUACAGCCAUUGAUGUGUGUAAUGUCAUGUAUCUGUUCCUCGGGAUGUCAGGUGUGCUGACGACGGGAAUGGAUGUGUCGGAUGAACUUUCCAUCGACCCUGCAGUUAAAGUAAGUGCGGAACUCCUACGCUGUUGGACAUGUAACCAAACUGCUAACUGUCGCGACAUGUACGACCUCUCCGGAGUAACCACCACUGUCUGUCGUCUGGAUCAAGCCUUCUGUGCCGUAAUUAAGUAUGAAACAGUGUCCGGUGACGUCACGUAUGCUCGCGGGUGCCAGAAACACUGUCGCCCCAACUGUCGCCGUAUCAACGAGAGCUACGAGAGGAUGCAGUGUUUCUCGUGCUGUUCCAACUCGCUGUGUAACUCAGAAAGAGGCUCGGCUUCAUUCCCGAACUCUUUAUCCAAUGUGCAACUGUCUACUAUUGUAUUUAUUUCAAUGUCACUUAGCCAUUCUUUCUUCAGAUAAGAAAUACAUUUCUUGAUUGAAACAGGAAAUGUGUAGUUAUAUUCGAACUAUAUAUACACAUAUGUAUAUUGAAGGACAAAGUACAGAGGCAGCUGAUGCCGACGUGUUGUACAUUAUACAGUUACACUGAAGUCUAGACGCAAGGAUGUGCUUAUCGAUAUUGACUGAAAUUAUCAAAUUAUUAUUUACAGAGAGUUCGUUAAGUACAUAUAUCAGUGUCUCCUGUCGCUUAUCAGGGUUAUAUUUUAGCAUUAAACAAAACAUACAUGUUUAAAUGAUAGACAUUUUAUUUCAAACAAGUACAUACAUUAUAGACCAGUACUCAAGUACGACAUACUUAGACAUUCGUUUGAAUCUAAACAUUAAUUUAUUUAAUGAUUAAUAUAAAAAAAAAAGGAGCAGGACGAUAGUUAUCACAGCUUAUCGAUGCCCCUCUAUAAUUCAAAUAUACAUGUACAUUAAAAAAUUAUGUGUAAUGACUUCAGUAACGCAUUAUAAACCUUUUACAAGUAUUAGAACAGAAGGGAAAUAAGCAAGUACAUGUUGAUCAGGAGGCAAAUCUCACAAAAAAGAUGAUAAUGAUAGAUGAGAUGAUCUCAUUUUGAGACGGGGUACCUUGUAGUAGCUGGUGGCUACUUCACUGAAAAACAAAUGAGAGGCUGGUGGUCAGAAGAAUCAACAGUUAGAACAUACACAAUAGUGUAUGAUGACCUGUGUUUACGCGAUCGUUUACAUACAUGGCUCAACAAUGAAAUCUUAACUUGCUAACAAUUUACCUCGUUUCAUCUUAUAUCUAAAGCAGAUGUAUUAAAGCAUAUCUACAUAUAGCAGCCAUUAUAUUGUUAUACUAAUGUCAAAACAAUACAUUCCUUUGCACAUAAUGCAUACGAAAAUAAUAAUUCGUUUUGAGUUAUUAUUUCAUAAAUUCCUUUACGGAUGUAAAAUAUAAUCAUCCAUCUUUACUUAGCAUUGAACUGUGCUGAUAUGGUUUUGUUUUUAACACAUUUCAUUAAAUAAAGAUGCUUCCAAAAGUUCAA